UUGACCGGCGGCGGACUGCAAGUGCAGCAUCGACCCUCACACACACACACACACACACACACACACACACAGUCCUGAGUGUCUCACAGCGCCGGGACGGAACUUUGGGUGGAUAUUAAUGAAGAAAACGUGACAGAUUUGGUUUCUAAAGACAAUUUGAAGGACACACAGGCGGAGAAAAGCCGUGACUGCGGUCUCAGGACAGAGAAACAGAGGUUCGGAUCAGUGUCCAGUCGCUGGAGCUCAUACAGUAAUGAUCACACUCUCGUGUCUCCGCCACAUAAAGCGCGCUCCGGACUCUCUGCAGGAAUAACAACACAACGCGGGGAUUAAAGCUCGGGCUGUUUAAACACAGGAAUAAACACAGGAAUAAACACAGGAAUAAAACAUAAUGCCGGACCAGAUCACGGUGGCGGAGUUUGUGGCCGAGACGAAUGAAGAUUACAAAUCACCCACAGCCUCGAACUUCACCACGAGAAUGGGGCAGUGUAGGAACACGGUGACUGGUCUGGAGGAGGCUUUGGAUGUGGAUCGCAGUGUACUCUACAAAAUGAAGAAGUCGGUAAAGGCUAUUUACACCUCAGGACUAGCUCAUGUUGAGAAUGAGGAGCAGUACACUCAAGCUCUGGAGAAGUUCGGCGAGAACUGUGUGUACCGGGAUGACCCUGACCUUGGCUCAGCCUUCCUCAAGUUCUCUGUAUUUACCAAGGAGCUCACCGCCCUAUUCAAGAAUCUGUUUCAGAACAUGAACAACAUCAUCACGUUUCCACUGGACAGUCUGCUGAAGGGCGAUCUGAAAGGGGUGAAAGGGGACCUGAAAAAGCCAUUCGAUAAGGCCUGGAAGGACUACGAGACCAAAGUCACCAAGAUAGAGAAAGAGAAAAAGGAGCACGCGCGGCAGCACGGAAUGAUCCGGACAGAGAUCAGCGGGGCCGAGAUAGCAGAGGAGAUGGAGAAGGAGAGACGCUUCUUUCAGCUUCAGAUGUGUGAGUACCUCCUCAAAGUGAAUGAGAUUAAAAUCAAGAAGGGUGUGGAUCUGCUGCAGAACCUCAUCAAGUAUUUCCAUGCACAAUGCAAUUUCUUUCAGGACGGCCUGAAGGCUGUGGACAACCUGAAACCCUCUAUAGAGAAACUGGCUACUGAUCUGCAUUCGAUCAAGCAAGUUCAGGACGAGGAACGCCGACAGCUCACGCAGUUACGAGAUGUGCUGAAGACGGCGCUUCAGGUGGAGCAGAAAGAGGAUUCCCAAGUACGGCAAAGCACCACCUACAGUCUGCACCAGCCGCAGGGGAACAAGGAGCACGGCACUGAGCGAAGCGGGAACCUGUACAAGAAAAGUGAUGGUCUCAGGAAAGUGUGGCAGAAGAGGAAGUGCACGGUGAAGAACGGCUACCUGACCAUCUCCCACGGGACGCCAAACAGACCACCAGCCAAGCUCAAUCUCCUAACCUGCCAGGUCAAGCACAACCCAGACGAGAAGAAAAGCUUUGACCUCAUCUCACAUGACCGAACGUAUCACUUUCAGGCGGAGGAUGAGGCCGAGUGCCAAAUCUGGAUCUCUGUGCUGCAAAACAGUAAGGAGGAAGCGCUUAACAACGCCUUUAAGGGAGACCAGCACGUCGGCGAAAACAACAUCGUUCAGGAGCUGACCAAAGCCAUCCUGGGCGAGGUCAAACACAUGACCGGGAACGACGUCUGCUGUGACUGCGGUGCUCCUGGGCCCACAUGGCUGUCCACCAACCUGGGAAUUCUGACCUGUAUAGAAUGCUCUGGGAUCCACCGAGAGUUGGGAGUGCACUACUCCAGAAUUCAGUCCCUCACGCUGGAUGUCCUCAGCACAUCAGAACUCUUGCUGGCCAAGAACGUAGGGAACGCUGGCUUUAACGAGAUCAUGGAAGCAGGUUUGAGUACAGAAGAUACGGUCAAACCAAAUCCUACCAGUGAUAUGCAGGCCAGGAAAGACUUCAUCACAGCCAAAUACACAGAGAAACGCUUUGCUCGUAAGAAAAGCCCAGACACUGCGUCCAGACUGCACACCCUGUGUGACGCUGUGAAGGCCCGCGACAUCUUCUCCCUCAUCCAGGUCUAUGCUGAGGGAGUGGACUUAAUGGAGCCCAUUCCUUUGGCCAAUGGACAUGAACAAGGAGAGACAGCACUGCAUUUGGCAGUGAGGCUGGUAGACCGAACCUCGCUACAUAUUGUAGAUUUCCUCACUCAGAACAGUGUGAAUCUGGAUAAACAGACAUCGAAGGGAAGCACAGCGCUGCAUUACUGCUGUCUUACAGAUAACAGCGAGUGUCUCAAACUGCUCCUAAGAGGCAAAGCUUCCAUAGACAUCGCUAACGAGGCAGGUGAAACCCCGCUGGACAUUGCUAAGCGACUCAAACAUCUGCAGUGUGAGGAGCUGCUCAACCAGGCACUCGCUGGUAAGUUUAACGCACACGUGCACGUUGAAUAUGAGUGGCGGCUUCAGCACGAAGACCUGGACGAGAGUGAUGAAGAUUUGGAUGAGAAGUCCAGUCCCCUGCGGCGAGAGGAGAGGCCGGUCAGUUGCUACACGCCUGGCGGCUCAGUGAUGCAGCCCAGUGCGGCCAGUGGGUCCAAAGACAAACAACAGCGCUGCUAUGUCCCAAAUCUGGUCAACAAUGAGACGUAUGGCACCGUUGUCAACACCAGUCCCUCCAGUGGGGUCUUAUCCACCUCAGCACCUCCACUGCCUCCCAGAAAUAUCGGGCAGCUGACUGGUCACAGCGGAGUUCUCCAAAGUUCUCCAGCAUGGAAGCCUGGCUCCAUAGAUCUCUCAGGCCGGCAGAGAUCAUCCUCAGAUCCCCCUAACAUGCAUCCGCCUGUUCCACCCAUGCGAGUCACUUCAUCCUCCUUCAUUGCGCCGGCCGCUCCUCCUCCUCCUCUGUCUAAACCAGCUGGUGUGAUGGAGGCCAUGACCAUGCAGAGCAAAACUGGACAGGUGCCUCAGGGCCAGAGCAUUAGCAGAGGAACCGCUCCAAGCUCGGACAAAAGCUACAGCAAGGGUCCUCCGGACACCACAGAGAGACCAGGUAGAUGUCAAAGAAACGGCUUAAUCCCAAAGGAAGUUCCUGGAUGCCCUCAGAGAACGAGUGGUCAGUCUCUGGCUCCUGGCCACAUACCCAGGAAAGCAUACCCGAAGCAGAGGCCGAAAAGGGUGAAGGCCAUCUAUAACUGUGUGGCUGAUAACCCUGAUGAGCUGACGUUCACUGAGGGCGAGGUGAUUGUUGUAGACGGAGAAGAGGAUCAGGAGUGGUGGCUGGGACAUAUAGAAGGUGAACCGAUGAGGAGAGGUGCCUUCCCUGUCACAUUCGUACACUUCAUGGGAGACUGACAGUCAAAGAUUUCCGACGCUGACCCAGGCUGAUCUGAUCAUCCCCUAGCAUGUUUCUAUCUCCACAUACUUAAGCUCUAUUAAUAAUUCUCCUCAUCCGCUUCACCUCCAUCAUGAAGCUUGUGCCUAUACUGACUCUUUCCAAUUAGCUUGCACCAGCGAGCAUUGCUCGACUCAUGCACUGGAGGCUUCUUCUUCCUGAAUGUUUUAACACCUCACCUUUAUGUUCGAAAGACGGUCAAUAGUUUGAGUGUUUCAGCUCACUUUGUUGACCAAAAAAAAGAAUUGUAGUCAGUUGCAUUGACACAGUGAAUGCACUUUUAUGUAGUUCUUUAAAAAAAAAAAAAAAAAAAAGGAAAAGUUUUAUGGAUCUCAACACUGAACUAUUCGUAUCCAUGCAGAUUUAGACGUAGAGGAUUUGGGAGGACGUGAGAAUAUGAGCGAUAUGGCCUCUUUCUUUCACCUGGUUAAAGGAACUGGACAGAAGGUGUUUUUUUUUUUUUUUUUUUUUUUUAAAGCACUGCAUUGGAGCAGAAAGGGAAGUUUGCUGUUACCUUCCCUUGGGAUCCUUCACUGUCCCCGUUUCCACGCUUGCUGCCCCACAUCAAAACUUAUAAAUAGAUCCUUCACUGCUCAAACCUGGGAGCGCUCCUGCACUUCACUACACUACAUAUCUGUGAAAAAGACAUCCACAGCAUGCAUUUUGGAAUAUAACGGACAACCAGAGUAAUAAUAACCUGCGCGCGUGUGUGUGUGUGUGUGUGUAAGAGAUAUUAGACUGAAAGAAAGAAGCAAAUACUGCUGCAUCAUAAAAGAUCAGGAAGAUUGUGACAACCAGCACAGAUCACACAACAAUCCUAACAUCUGGGUGUUCAAAUGAAGUGUGUCUUCUGAGGACCUGAGCAGUUUGCUGUCCCUGACCUGCUGCUGUCGUCCUUUUUUCUUCAGCUUUGUCAUGUUCUCACAAUCGCAUUGUUUCAAUUCACUCCUAUAACAAUAGUCUCAUACUGAGUUUAUACUAGCUUUAUGUUAAUAUGACCAAUGCUCAUAUUUAUGUCCUGUAGGUCUCAUUGAGAUUUUAAUACUUUUUAGAGUUGGGUAAUUAACGUCUGCCUAGGUUUUUGGAUAUGGUAGGACCAACCCUCCUAAUGUUCCCUUUAAUGGAGAAAAGCAUUCCUCAGUAACCGUGCAUCUCCAGACCCCUAACCUCCCGCUAAUCUGCCCCCAUUCCUUACCUUUUGUUCCUGAAGUGGAGGUUGCACGUGUAAUAUUGUACAGCAAUACGUUUUAUGUGAUGAAGUUUUCAUUUGGUUGCAGAGCAACUCUAUAGAAUGUUCUAUGACAUUUUAAUUAAACUCUACAUAGUCCCUGUUGAGCUUGAAACACAGUGACCUGUAACUUUAGCAAUGAGAAGAGACUUUUAAUUAACUUUCAGAAUCUUCCUCUGCCUUUCAACUCACUGGAAAUGAAUACGACUUUGUCUUAAGUGGUGCUGUAAAUAACUGAAGAGUUUAUAUGUGUAUAUUUAAUAGUAAACAUAAAACUGAACCGA